ACAGCCAGUUUCCACGGAGCGCCACAGACGCACACUCCCAGGGAGACACCUUGCCUGCGGACAAGACUGCGGCCGCUGACCCGUCAUGGUUCCUGACGGUCCCUGCCACUGACUGCAUCGACCCUAGACCCAUUUAUUUAAUUAGUCAGUUAUUUUUCUGCACAUUUUUUCCUGACUUACUUCCUCCCUGAGCACCGGGGGAUGGGGGAAUGAUCAGCACCGACUCCCUACCACCGCCACCGCCGCCGCCUCCUCCUCUUCCUCCUCCUUCCGUCCGUGUCCGUGUCCCCCGUCAGCCGUCGGAGCGCUGCCCAGGAUGCAGGCCCGGCUGCUCGGCCGCGUUGCGGUUCUCGCGGCCCUCGUCGCGGUGAGCACCUGCUUGACAGGAUCUCAUUCAUGCCCGCGAAGUCUGGACUGUGCCCGGGCAGGACGCCACUUCUGCCAGCCUGGUAGCUCGCACUGCGGCCCCUGCCUGCGCCCCCUGGUGGAGAACUCUCACGGCCGCUGUGUAAUUAAGAGGAGACAUGUUCCUCACCAUGGUAAGAUAAGCACUUACCCAGAACUGGACGAGGAGAUCGACUUCCUCUCCACUAUCAUCAGUGAGCAGCGGGAGACCGAGUCCAGACUGCCAGCUCCACUUGCUCAGGAUGUUCCUAAACCCAAAAUGAAGGAGCUUGACGUACCUUCCCCCACUCACGGAGAGUCGACCCCAGAGCUGCCCACCAAUCACAGCGCCCCGCCUACCAGCACAGCUCCGCCCACCGCCACCAACCACACCCCCGCUCUGCUGCAUGACCCCGUCAUCCUCCCCUAUCCCACCAACGACCACGUCUUCAUCAUCAUGAGCAGCGUCUUCAUCAUGACCGGGUCGCUGGCUUUGGUUGUCGCCGGGGUCUGUUGGGUCAGACUGCAGAAGGGCGUUCGUUUAACUCAGAAGGUUGACUACCCUGCAUAUGGACUGAUGAGAGCCCACUCCUUCGACAACAGUGUGCCGGGGGACAAGAAGCUGGCCCACAGUGCCCAGAUGUACCACUAUCAGCACCAGAAGCAGCAGAUGUUGUCCCUGGAGAAACACAGGGACGAGCCCAAGGUCCCUGACUCAGGCGCAACAUCAGACGAGGAGAACGAAGAUGGAGAUUUCACGGUGUACGAGUGUCCUGGAUUGGCACCAACAGGGGAAAUGGAGGUGAAGAACCCGCUGUUCGACGACUCCACCCUCUACCUUCAGAGGUUCCACAAGUAGCCUGGACUUUCCUGGAGAUUUCACACAUCAAAUGCAGCAGUUGUGUGUACAAAGAGAUGAAUUUACACACACACACACACACACACACACACACACACACAUACACACACACAUUUCAGGCUUGUCCAGCCCUUUUAACGGAAGUGUUUAUGGACAUGGAAGGGCGUUGUUGACUGGAAGCAGCACAGGACUGGUUUCUCCUCUAAGACGGGACCGAAUCUGGGACCAACGCCUCCCAUUUUGCAGCCAACUUUCUGUUCUUGUUUUAUGUGUUCACUCCUUUUCCUGCUUUUGUUGACUGCUCUCUCUAAGCAGCAUUCAGCCAAUAUCAGUUGGAACUCCCAAUGACAGACUGAAGUAGCAGACACACAGUUUGUGUGAUUGAAUAGCAUAGAACACACAUAUUGCCAAUAAUGCCCUUUGCCGAUCAAUAGAACAGGCUAUGACACAUGGACCAGAAGAUAUGGGGAACUGUGCAGUUUUGUUUGGAACCCAGUGAAGCGAAAAAACUAUUUCUGUAGUUCACUGAUAUCCCUAUAGAUAUACAUGUCUAAUGAUCCAGUUCACUGGCCACAGUAAAGAUCUUUUAAGUUAGUUUUGUUUUUAUUUUGCUAUUUUUAGAGGAGGAUGUAAUUUUAAUAUUUCAUGGACACACCUACAUGCAGAACCAUGAUCCGUGACAGUAUGUUAUGUAGCCAUUGUGUUCUCAGUCCAGUUCCUCUAUGCAUGAAUUGAUGACGCUGUGUUAAUGAAAAACUGGGAGUCAAUAUGCAUUUACAGUUCUUGACAAGUUUCUUGUGCAAACUUGCUAACUCUCUCUAUAAAUAACUUGAAUGAUUUCAAAGGAAUUUGAAACUUCUUUACCUUAGAACUCUGAAACAGAGCGACCCCAUCCUGUACAUAAACUAUCUGAUUAACAUGGCUUGUCCCCAUGGUUUGUGAUCUUCUGUAUAUAGCUGCUAACAUGUACAGGAAAGAAAAUGUUACCUCUCACUUACCUGUGUGUUUGUACACAUGUUCCUCUAGAUUUCUGAGUGCCGUGUCAAAUAUUGAGCUGUUGUUUGUUUUCCUUGUGUUGACUGUAUUUGCAGGGUUCCUACACAUGUAUGAAAAGGUGGAAAUGGUCUGGAAAACUAAUUCCAGGUUUGGAAGACACUGUAGACCCUGUGCUUGUUGUGUAUAGUAAUCUUCUAUUGUAGGGGGAUACAGCUUUAUUGCCCUGCCACUAUGAUCAUAUAUUUUAUUGAACACCCCGAAAAUCCAGUCAAUAGAUGAAGGUCUGGAUAUAGUCUAGAUUUUUGACCUGGAGAAUGUGUAGGAACCCUGUAUUUAAAAGUGGCCUAUUGUUGCCUCUCAGGAAAGCUGCUUUUUGUGGCUCCUCUGUUAACCUACUCCCACUGUUUCAGCCUCUCAGCUGUCCUACGCUGAAGGAGGACGAUAUAUAACUGUACUUGACCUGCACAGAUACAUGAGUGGAAUUAUAAAACUCCACACAUACACACACAAAUAUGUGUGUGUGUGUGUGUGUGUGUGUAGAUAUAUCUGUAUAUAGAUAUAUAUAUGUAGAUAUAUAUGUGUGUAUGUAUAUAU